AUGGAGGAGCAUGAAGCUUGUAUCUUCGGUAUGGAAGCUGCAAUUAAUCUUAGGAUCAAAAUCCUUGAAGUCUACGGAGAUUCGACCUUGGUUGUUAGCCAAGUCAAAGGAGAUUGUGAUACUAGAGAUCACAAGCUCAUCCCUUACAAGGAGCACGUCCUGAAAUUGAUCCCUUACUUUGACAAAAUCACAUUCCAUUACAUUCCUCAAGAAGACAAUCAACUAGCUGACGCCUUAGCAACUUUGGCAUCCAUGUUUAAGGUCAAGUGGAAGAAUGAAGUGCCAUCAUUUCACCUCAACUACUUGCAUGAGCCUGCUUACUGUUUGGCGGCCAAAGACAAACUCGACGGUUAUCCGUGGUACUAUGAUAUCAUGAGAUUCUUAGAUUGCCAAGAAUACCCUAAGGACGCGUCCAUCAACGACAAGAAGUACCUUCGGAAAUUAUCAUCAAGUUCUUAA